AUGGUCAACUCGCACACAACUCUCCUCAACUCACACAACGCCCGCAUCCUCUGCCUCGCAGACAUCCGCGGAAAGCUCAGUGCCCUCAACGACCUCGCCCGCGAGCACAAUGCUGCUGCCAUCAUACACACCGGCGACUUUGGUUUCUUUCAGGCAAACAGUCUCGAGCGUAUCAAUGACCGCACUCUUCGCCAUCUCACAAUGUACUCUCCUCUCAUCCCCGCCCCCCAGAGAACCCAUCUUCUCGCUCCAGAAAACCCACCCGCCCUCAUCCGUUCAACUGUCAACAUAGAGCUCCUCUCAGAGUUCCCCCUUCUCCUCUCUGGCCAGCUCACUCUCUCCGUCCCAGUCUACACUGUCUGGGGUGCAUGCGAGGAUGUCCAGGUUCUAGAAAAGUUCCGCUCGGGCGCCUACUCUAUCCCCAACCUCCAUGUCCUCGACGAGGCAACCACCCGUCUCCUCGAUAUCGCUGGUCUCAAGCUCCGUCUCUUCGGUCUCGGUGGCGCCCUCGUCAACCACAAGCUCUUUGACAACGGCGACGGCGCAGCUACCAUCGCAGGCGGCCAGGGCACCAUGUGGACAACCGCCCUCCAGAUCGGCGAGCUCGUAGACACCGCCCAGCGCGUCUUUGACCCCUCAGAGACCCGUCUUCUCGUCUCCCACGCGUCUCCAGGUCGCGAGGGUCUUCUCUCCCAACUCGCCCUCGUCCUCAAAGCAGAUCUCACCGUGUCUGCCGGCCUCCACUUCCGCUACGCCUCUUCCUACAACGAAUUCAGCGUCCAGCCAGAUUUUGCCGGCUUCCGCCACAAACUCACCCUCGCCAAAGAAGCCUUUGACAAGGUCUGGGACAGCGUCAAGGGCCAAGUCGACGCAGUCAUCGACGACAACCAGCGCGUUCUCCUCGACAAGGCCCUCUCCGUCGUCGAGCGCAUCCCACCCGCACUCCCCUCUUCCGGCCCAGGCGCAGCCGCAGCCGGCGAAGAGCCCGCCUGGAAAAACUGCUGGAACUGGAACCUCUGCGACGCCGCAUACGGCUCUCUCGUCCUCGACGUCAAAGACGGUCGCGUCUCGGCCGAGCUCAAGAGCCAGGGCUUCAAUUUCGCCUACCGCCGCAGCGCCACCGUCCCCGCCACCCCAGCCGCCCCAGCCGCCCCAUCCCUCCCCGCCCAGGCAGCUCCACAGGUCAAAACCCCUCCAGCACCAUCCAGUCCCGUCCAAAAACAGCAACCCAACGGAACGCCAGCAGACCCCAAAAAGCCCCAACCCGCGCCUAAAUCAAAAAAGGACAAAAAGGACAAGACGAACCCUAGCACCCCGGACCCCGUCGAGCCAGACGCCGCACCCGCCGCGCCGGAACCUGCACCCACCCCCGCCCCCGCCGCUGCACCCGUGUCAGGCGCGCGCACGCCCAAAACAGGUAAACCCCCGCGUCACCCCUGGACCAUCUUUAUGCGCAUGGCGCCCCACAUCCAGGUCACCGAAGCCGACAUUCGCGAAUUCUACAACGAAGCCAAGGCCGGCAUCACACGCGUCAACCUCCCGCACCCGUUCGCGGGCAAAGCGCGUCUUGCGUACGUCGAGUUUGGCGAUGAGGAAGCUAUGAAACUCGGUCUUGAAAAGCACGCCGAGACCCUUAAAGAUACUACGCCCGACGUGAAACAAGCGACAGACCGCGAAUCGCGCACCGCCGAGCACCAAAACCAACAAGCGUUCAACAACGCGUCCGCACCCAACCAAUCACCCACCACCCAAAACGCCAACACCAACACCAACAACACCAACACCCGCGGCGGAUUUGGAGGGCGUGGGAGAGGCCGUGGCGGGCCUGGAGGAAGCGGCUUUGCUGCGCGCGGGCUCUCUGCCGCUGGACUCACCAGGGGCGGCGGUCGCGGUGGCGGUCAAAAUCAGCAGGGACAACAAGGUGGUACGACCGGUAAUGGCGAUGCAGGAGCCAACAAACCCAGCACCGGAGACACACCCUCUGCCACAGCGACCGCGUAA